AUGCCGCGAUCGGAACCUCUCUCAAAUGCUCGCUCUGCGGGGCCAACCAUUACAUCUCAUCGUGUUCGACGUACCGUAACAAGACCCCGCAUCAAAGACGCGAGAUCAUCGAGCAAAAGGAAUUAUGUUUCAAUUGUCUCGGACCUCACCGCGUUUCGGCUUGCCGUACGAUUAAAAGAUGCCUCACGUGUGGACAGAAGCAUCAUACGUCAAUCCAUGGUACGGCUGCAAGACAAGUCGACAAUGCGGAAUCCGCCGAGCGGGACGCGGCUUCCACGGAUCCACUCCCUGGUACAUCACGCGGUCGGCGUAGACGUGACUGUGAACGAGUGUGUGAAAUCCAGUGCGGGAAUAAAUCAAGCUUCCGAUUUCGCGCUACUGGCCACCGCAAAUGUGAGAGUUGUCGGUCCUCGCGGAGAGUCUGUCGUGGCGCGUGCGCUCUUGGACCAGGGAUCUGAGCUCUCCUUCAUCACGGAAUUAUUAGCGCAACUUUUGAAACUCGAGCGGAAGCGUGCUGCGAUCCCGUUGAUCGGCAUCGGUGCUCAGAAAUCGGACACGACUCGAGGCAGGGUCGAUUGCGAAAUUCGUUCGUGCGUUGCUCCGGCCUUCUCGUGUUGGCUCGCGGCGUACAUUUUACCGCGAUUGACCGCUCAGAUCCCCUCCUCGUCGGUUCGCAGCGCCGAGUGGCCGCAUUUGAGGAAUAUCUCUCUGGCCGAUCCCGGCUUUAACGUCCUGGGACGCGUCGAUCUUCUCCUCGGCGCGGACAUAUACGGAUCCUUACUUCGCGACGGACUGCGUCAGGGUACACUCGGUACCCCUACGGCUCAACUAACUGCGCUCGGGUGGAUAGUGUCCGGGCCGGUCUCGAGAUCGAAAGCUGUUCCACGUGGUCUAGCUCACUCAACCUUCUCGUUCGACGGACACCUCAGUGAGCUGGUGGAGAAAUUCUGGACACAAGAGGAAGUGCCACCAGCGGCUACCCUGCUGUCUGAGGACGAGGAGCAUUUUCACAAUACUUAUUCCCGGACUUCGUCAGACAGAUACGUGGUGAGACUGCCCUUCCGUCGAUUACCGACCAGCUUCGGCAACUCCCGGUCAAUCGCGACUCGCGCGCUAGCGCGUGUGCAACGUCGGUGCGCACUCAAUGACGAAUUUACCGGACUCUACAGUGCCUUUCUCAAAGAGUACGAAAAGUUGGAGCAUAUGAGCCGCGUCCCCUCUAAUGAGCGAGAACCGAACUUACUAUUCUACCUUCCACAUCACGGUGUUCUCCGCGAAACUAGCACGACCACUAAACUUCGUGUCGUGUUCAAUGGGUCACAGAAGACGGACAUUGGAUGCUCGCUUAACGACUUUCUGUACUCCGGGCCAAAGCUACAAACGGAACUCGCGAACGUGCUGCUCUUGUGGCGGCGACAUCAGUUCGUCUUUUCUGCGGACAUCGAGAAAAUGUUCCGCCAGAUACUCGUGGAUUCUCGUGACUGGGAUUUCCAACGAAUCCUAUGGGCCCCCGAGCCAACUGCCGCGCCAAUUGCGUACCGCCUUUGCACCGUCACUUACGGUCUCGCCUGCGCCCCGUACCUCGUGCUCAGAGUUCUGAAACAACUCGCGACAGAUGUGGGACUACGAUAUCCGCUGGCUCGAGAUAUUCUCCAGACGCAAAUCUACGUAGACGACGUACUGUCGGGCGCAGACACCAUCCCGCUCGCUCAGGAGAAAAUCCGACAAUUGGACGCCCUACUGACGACGGGCGGUUUUCAGUUGCAGAAGUGGAUCGCCAACGACGACACGUUGCUGGAUUCCAUCGAAUCCAAUCGACGAACUAGAACUACCUUGCUGUCCAUUGACGACGAGACGGUUUCUCGAGCUCUCGGGCUCCACUGGCACGUGGAGCGGGACCGAUUCGUCUUCCGUGUCGGUGGCGUCCAUUCAACUCAGAUCUGGACCAAGCGCACUGUGUUGUCGGUCAUUGCCCGUCUCUUCGAUCCGUUGGGAUGGCUGAGUCCGGUAAUUAUCACUGCCAAGAUCCUUUUUCAGCAAUUGUGGCUGGAGAAGCUCGGCUGGGACGACACACUCUCCAAGACGGCAAUGCAACGGUGGAGCAAGUUUCAUGACGAGCUCCCGGGCAUUGAAGCGGUUUCGGUUUCGCGAUGGUUUGGCGGAUCUUCAAUCUCUGAUUCAAUCGAGCUCCACGGGUUCUCGGACGCAUCCACAGAGGCCCUCGCCGCGUGCGUGUAUCUCAAGGUCCGUGACGAACACGGCCAAAUACACAUAACUUUGGUGGCGGCUAAAACUCGAGUGGCUCCGCUCAAACCUACUACAGUCCCACGUCUCGAGCUCUCGGCUGCCGUCCUCUUGGCUCGCCUAAUCGCGCGAAUACGGGAUGUGCUCGAAUUACAAUCCGCUCCCCUCUUUCUGUGGUCUGACUCCACCGUCGCUCUCACCUAG